CAAGGCACGAAAAGGUGAGGUUUGUCAUCAUUUUAUUGCAUUUAAUUCUGUUUAUUUAGCGUAUAUCCCAAAGUAAAAACAGUGAAUUUGCAUUUCCGUGUCGAAAUUUCAGUGUGGACUUCUAUAAAAUCGUGAAAAAACAGGAAAAUGAGUAGCUCGGAGGAGGUAUCAUGGAUUUCAUGGUUUUGCGGGCUGCGGGGAAACGAGUUCUUUUGCGAGGUGGACGAGGAUUAUAUUAACGAUAAAUUCAACUUGACGGGACUAAAUGAGCAGGUGCCACAUUACAGACAAGCACUGGAUAUGAUCUUGGAUCUGGAGCCUGAUGAUGACCUUGAUGACAAUCCAAACCAGUCCGAUCUGGUGGAGCAGGCCUCUGAGAUCCUGUAUGGACUGAUCCAUGCUCGCUACAUUUUAACUAAUAGAGGCAUUGGACAAAUGUUAGAGAAAUUCCAGGCGGGUGAUUUCGGCCACUGCCCUCGUGUUUAUUGUGAAUGUCAACCUAUGCUUCCACUUGGCCUGUCAGACGUGCCCGGGGAAGCGAUGGUGAAGCUAUACUGUCCGCGGUGCAUGGACGUGUACACGCCGAAGUCUUCGCGGCACCACCACACGGACGGCGCCUACUUCGGCACCGGCUUCCCGCACAUGGUGUUCAUGGUGCACCCGGAGUAUCGGCCCAAGCGGCCCGCCUCCCAGUUCGUGCCUAGGUUGUACGGGUUCAAGAUCCACCCGCUCGCAUACCAGAUCCAACAGCAGGCGGCGGCGAACUUCAAGGCGCCGCUGCGGAGCCUCUCGUAUAACAACGAACUGAAGACUUCCAGUAACAUUCCAAAAUGAUUAUUUAGCCACCGUGUGCGCCGGCCGCAGGGCACGUGACAUAUAGCCCCCGCCGCGGACUGACAGGUGACCUGCGCCGACGCCGCACUAUCUGUCUCCAACAGUAACAUACAUAAUGAUAAUAUUUAUUAUUUAAACUAUUAAUUUACUUCCCAUAUAACAAUACAGUUAUGUUUUAAAUUCAAUAAAGUUUAUUUUUACGUUUUCUGUA